UUUAUUUCUCUCCUUAGUCUUCGCUUCUUUCCAACAAAAAGACUCCAUAGUUAUCUCCACAAUAAACAGAAAAGAUCUAGAAAUUUUAAAACUCAAGCAGCAUUUCGUUUUUUCUCGUGUUCCCCCAGAGUUUCGUUUCAGGCAUAAUUUAGCAACCUCGACGUGACUACGCCUGCAGGGUUCCAUAAUCGCCAGGGGAAUAUUUGUUAAAACAUCAUUAACAAUGGAGGAGAGAUCAAACUGUGCGCAAAUUCAAUUAGAAGAGGAGCUGCCAACUUUACUGAGAACAGCCACAACAGAAGAAAUGGUUGGCUUUGACAAUUACAAAGAUAAUAAUCUUCCUCACUUCAUCAGUCGCUUUCAUCCUUAUCAUGCAUCCACGACUACUUCGAAUGGUCAAGAAGCAUCAAGAUCAUCAAUAGAAGCUCACCGUAGCUACAUUGCAGAUCUCAAAGACACUGCGCCUUGGAUGAUGAAUCAUCAAAGGAAACCAUCACUUUCAAUGCCAACUUCACCAAAUAUUCUCAUGGUCUCUGAUCCGACAUCAGCGUCUUCCGACAACAACACUGCAUCGACUGGAAAAUCAGUCAAGUUCAUCUCUCAGCCGAUGGCCAAAGUCUCAUCUCUCUACAUAGGAAGCGGCAAUGAUGAUGAUGAUCUUCAUCGUCAUGACAAUCAUCAUCAUCAGCAACGUCAACAAAGUGGUCAACUUCAAAAUCAAAACCCGGCCAUGCAUAAGCUUAAGGAUCACAGGUACACCUCGUUCAAGACUUGGUCAGGGAAACUAGAGAGACAGUUUACAAGAAAACCAGCUGCUAUUGAACCGGAGACACCAAACCGGAAUAAGGAGAAUGUUAAUACUAAUGAAGCCAUGCCUGUGGACCGUUACUAUGAUGCCUUGGAAGGUCCUGAAUUAGAGACUCUCCGGCCUCUAGAAGAGAUCGUUCUACCAAGUGAACAAACGUGGCCGUUUCUUCUGCGUUACCCCAUAUCAACCUUCGGUAUGUGCCUAGGAGUAAGCAGCCAAGCCAUAAUGUGGAAAACCCUAGCCACUGCGGUGCCAACCAAGUUCCUCCACGUACCCUUAUGGAUCAACCAAGCUCUUUGGUUCAUCUCAGUCGCUUUAAUCUUCACCAUUGCCAUCAUUUACCUCCUCAAAAUCAUCCUCUACUUCGAAGCCGUACGCCGCGAAUACUACCAUCCCAUCAGAAUCAACUUCUUCUUCGCUCCUUUCAUUUCACUACUCUUCUUAGCCCUCGGGGUCCCACCUUCCAUAAUGACAGAACUGCCUCAGUUCCUGUGGUACCUCCUCAUGUUUCCUUUCAUCUGUCUUGAGCUCAAGAUUUACGGUCAAUGGAUGUCCGGAGGUCAACGCAGGCUCUCCCGGGUCGCCAACCCAACGAACCAUCUCUCAAUCGUUGGAAACUUUGUGGGAGCGUUGCUUGGUGCAAGCAUGGGACUUAGGGAAGGACCAAUAUUUUUCUAUGCUGUUGGGAUGGCUCAUUACUUGGUUCUGUUCGUGACACUCUAUCAAAGACUACCGACCAAUGAAACUUUGCCUAAAGAUCUUCACCCUGUCUUCUUCCUUUUUGUUGCGGCCCCAAGUGUUGCUUCCAUGGCUUGGGCUAAGAUCACUGGCUCCUUUGACUAUGGCUCCAAAGUUUGUUACUUCAUCGCCAUCUUCCUUUACUUCUCUUUGGCUGUGCGGAUUAAUUUCUUUCGUGGAAUCAAAUUUUCGCUGUCGUGGUGGGCGUAUACAUUUCCAAUGACCGGAGCUGCAAUUGCAACCAUCAGGUACGCAACAGUAGUGGGGAGCACUAUGACUCAAGUCAUGUGUGUGGUCCUCUGUGCCAUAGCGACACUAGUCGUUUCGGCACUGCUAGUGACUACCAUCAUCCAUGCCUUUGUCCUGCGCGAUCUUUUUCCUAAUGACUACGCCAUAGCCAUCAGCACCCGCCCGAGACGCAAACAGACUAGUCACCACCGGUGGCUCGACCAACUAAGAAACGUAAGCUCAGAGAACAUCGAGAAUUACUUGAAAUUCACAGACUCUGACAGCAAUCAGAGUAAUGAUCUAGAAGCUGCCAAUGGAAAAAUUCAAGAGAAUGAUUCGGCUUAA